GGCGGCCUCGCCCUUACCCCACCCCCGUGUACGAGUGUCAAUACUCAGUACUCAGUACGCAGACAUCGAUUGGCUUUCGUAGACUCCUUUCAGGCCUCCUUCAUUCGCUCUCCGGGUAUCCUUACAAUACAAACAGAUGCCCCCAUCCAAUGUCAAUCGCUUGAAACCCUCCCAGCAAUCUCCCAUUGAACCCAAGUCUCCCCUGCUUCCCAUCUUUGCAACCGUGGACGAUGAGCUGCGCGAUUUACGACGGACGCAAGCACAAGGCCAAGAAGAGGACCUACGAUAUGCCUUGGAUAGAGUGAUCAAACGCGUUGAAGAAUUGUCUUCGCUCCUCAAGACAGCUUACAAGACACAAGCUGAACUCGAGGCCUCACUGAGCGUCGCCAAAUCGAAUCUCACUCUAGUAAUAUCCAACAAUGAGAUGCUGGAAGAAGCACUACGGCGAGAACAACCUGUAAGCGCGAAGGAUGUUGGUUGGCGAAGAUGGAGCGCACGCGAGGCCCAAAACCAGGAGCAGCGUAACUCAGAGGAACGAACCAGAAGCCUAGAUUGCGGCUCGACGACUUCGACCGAGAACGGUGAAUCGCCUCAGCCUCCAAGCACUGUGCCCAUCAACGGGAAACCAGGGACAACCUCACCGGUACUUUCUCCUGCUCCGUCAACGUCGGAAGGGCGUUUUUUCAAGUUCAGGUUCAAUGGAGGCUCCAAAUCCCCUCUUCCUCCACACCCGUCCCACCUGACAUCACCCUCGCUCCCUUCACUGGUUUCGAGCACCAGAGAAAAGGAGUUUGAAGAUCUUCAAGAGCAACUUGAGAAAGAGCGUAAAGCCCACAAAGCUAGCGUAGAUGAGAAAUCAGCUCUUGAAGCCGAGCUCGAGUCCUUAUCUCAAGCACUCUUUGAAGAGGCUAACAAGAUGGUCGCCACUGAGCGUAUAAAGCGCGCAGAGACCGAAGAAGAACUUCAAGAAAUACGACUGGAAAAGGAUGCCCUUCGAAGAGCACUCCGUUUAAUAGAGGACGAGAAUGGUCAGCUUCGUAGUGCUAGCGUGACCGCUAUUGAAAAUACCAUGGCGGGACCUUCUUCAGGAGUUCUAUCCGACGGCACAGAUCUUCCUUCAGUGGGCUGGCACUCUCGCUCUUCUUCCCGCGUUGCCUUGAAAUCUCCCCUGCAUUCUCGAACAAACUCAAUGCAGGCUGUGAAAGAUCACGUCCUUGAUCAGGCAUCAGAUGUGACAGUCGAGAUCGCUCAAUCCCCUGGAAGUCCUUCCCCGACGCGAGACCAUUUAGUAGACUUCUCACUGGAACCCGCGCCUAAACCAUCGUCGCGAGGGGUAUCUCUAGAGGACACGGAAUCAUUUAAAUCACUGGACUCGCCGCUAGAACCUGCUUCUGAUACUGACCAGGCUACAUCAGGCUUUGACAGCCCUACAGUAGUCCAACCUCCCCCUGAAGCCGAAGAACUUUCACCAUGGGCAGACGCCCCAUCUAGCCCACCUCCUCGGCAGCAAGCAGCGACAUUCACAUAA